AUGCUAGCACAUGGGAGCCUUGCCAAAAGCGUGUGCCUGCAAAACAGGCCGAGGUACUGGCCAGCGGAUGGCCAGCAAGCAAAAAGCUGCAGCAGCGAUGUGUUGCAAGCGGACGUCCCACGAAGUGUUUUUUGGUCGCACGUCUUUGUGACGAGCGGAGUGAGCAUGGGCGGUGUAGCUGCGUUUUUCUGUCGCAGCCAAAGACGGCACCGUCUCAAGCAAGCAAGGGGAGCGCACCUUGCAUGCUUUGCUUCCCGUACAGAGGCCAGCACCGUCCAGCAAUUUGUUGACUGGAUGGAUACGACAGGUAUCGUGACGUCCAAGAAGCUCCAGAUCCUCCCGGAUCAGGAAGACGGCCGGUGCGUCAAAUGCAUAGAUACCAUUGCGAAGGGCGAGGUUCUGGUACAACUUCCUGAAGCGUCUGCAGUGUCCGUGGACAUGUCAGAGACGGCCAACCCGGGGCCGGAUCUGGCACCCUUGGCCGAUUGGUGGUCAAGGCACACCCGCAGCUCCAUUCGAUUGGCAGCUGCACUAGUCUUUCAGCGGGAGAAAUUUGGACCUUACCUUGACAUGCUCUACCCCAUGGAGAACAUCUAUGCCCCAUGGCUGUGGGAGGAUCAGGACUUGAAGUUUCUCCCCGAUGGUCUUGCUGCAAGUGCAGCAGCUCGCAAGAAGGCUUUGGAAAGUGCAUGCAAGGACCUCAAGGCCGGGGGCCUUGCGGAGCAAGUUCCAGAAGAGCUGUUUCUUCGUGCUCACCACGCUGCCGCUUCCAGGGCCUUUGCUGGCGAGGGUGAUGUGUCGACAGCUCGCACUGCGGCUUUGGCCUGCGGCGCACUCACGUUGACGGCGGCUGGAGCAGCUGCUGCGGCUGGCGUGGUCAGCAUCGAUGCAGCUGCCAGUGUUGGAGCAUUGGGCGUUGCAGCUUCAGGAGCGGCUGUGGCAUUGAGCGAUGAUGCCAAGGUCUUGUCCCUCCUGCCCAUGAUUGACCAAAUCAACCACAAAAGUGGAGCUCCGCCAGAUUUGCAGUUUGAUCCCGGAAGCCGUCGGUGGGAGCUGAGGGCUUUACGCACGUAUAGCGCUGGCGAAGAAAUCUUUUUCAGCUAUGGGGACAAGGACAGCGAUUCGCUGCUGCUGCAGCACGGCUUCGUGGAGCAGGACAAUGGAGCAGACAAGCUGACCUUGCCUGUCCCAGCCGCCGGCUCACACGGCUUGUCCGCAGAGGCCAAGUCCGAGCUCGAAGCCUUGGGAGUGAAGGAGUUGAUCUUUGCCAGGGAUGGCUCGCUGCUGGGAUUGACAGAGGCAACGUGCUUGGGAGCAAGCAGUGAAAAUGCAGUGGUGGACAUUGAGAUGAAGACCGCUUCAUUGAAAUUCUGA